CUCACUGAAACGGCUUCAGGCGCUGUACACCAGCUCAGCUUCACCCUAACGCAGACCUGCAGAGCGACAGCAGCGACCCAGGAACCAUGACAGGCAGCAAAGCGUUUCUUAUCGCAGCUCUGUGCUCAUUUAUCAUCCUCACCAGCUUCACAGGCACCGCAGAGUCAGCAAGCUGCUGCCUGAGGUACUCCAGGCGUCCGCUGCCUUGUAGACGUCUUCUUGGCUACACCAUCCAGACCAUGAACGGUGCCUGUGACAUCAACGCCAUCAUCUUCCACACUCCGGGCAGGUUCGUGUGCGCCGACCCUAAACUGAAGUGGACUCAGAUAGGGAUGAAGUGUGUGGAUGACAUGAGGAGGCCGACCACGCAGAGCAGAAAGGAGGGAACUUCUGCUGCAUCAGCAUAAACUCUUGUCUGAAUCCAGGAACCCAGUUUUUAAAAAAAUGGCGCGGUUCCGGAGUAAUUCUUCACAUUCUGCACUCAGAUCUUCAAAUUACUGAACUGUCUUGUGAUUUUUGGGUGGCCUUCUCUUAUAUUUGUUCUGUUUUAUAAACAGGGAAGUGUAGUAUUCUGAAUACAGACUAAGCUGUGGUUGUUGCCUCGGUGCUCCAAAGAGCAAAGCAAGAAGAAAAACUAUGUUUUUGGAAAGUAUUGCAAAAUUAAUUUUUAUUUUAAAAAAAAAGGUUUGCCGGUUAACAAGGCCGAACUUUUAAUUUUUUUAUUUUUUUAGAGAUGGAGUCAGAAAUUAAUGUUUAUUAAUGAGUUUAUUAGAACAAUGUUUGGUAACACACACGUUGGACAAACGACGACAUAUUGUGUCAUUUAGAUUUUAUUUUACUUCAUAGUAAAGAAAAAAACAAACAAUAUUAAUUACAAGAAAUACAUUUUUUUUUGUGAACUUUUGGACAAAGGAGAUAAAUCUUCCCUUUUCCUCCACAUUCAACAGCUUAUUCAUUCCUCACUGUUUCCAGGUCUCCUGCUUCAUUCUGCAUCAGUGCUUUUGUGACACUGUUCAUCAUUAAAUAAAAAUUUCCCCCAAAUGUAACCCAACAAAUGUGUCACUUUUGCCAGUUUUUGGAAUUUAAAAUAAAGUUUUGUGGGUUUGAACAAA